CCCCCCAUGGAGCCCGAGGCCCCGGAUUCCCGCAAGAGGCCCCUCGAAACGCCCCCCGAGGUGGUCUGCACCAAGCGCAGCAACACGGGAGAGGAAGGCGAAUACUUCCUGAAGGUGCUGAUCCCCAGCUACGCAGCAGGCUCCAUCAUUGGCAAGGGCGGGCAGACCAUCGUGCAACUGCAGAAGGAGACGGGAGCCACCAUCAAGCUCUCCAAGUCCAAAGACUUCUACCCCGGAACCACAGAGCGGGUAUGCCUAGUACAGGGCACAGCAGAGGCCUUGAAUGCUGUGCACAGCUUUAUUGCUGAGAAGGUCCGAGAAAUCCCACAAGCGAUGACCAAGCCUGAGGUGGUCAACAUCCUUCAACCCCAAACCACGAUGAACCCCGACAGAGCCAAGCAGGCCAAGCUGAUCGUCCCCAACAGCACUGCGGGCCUGAUCAUCGGCAAGGGGGGCGCAACGGUGAAAGCCGUGAUGGAACAGUCAGGUGCGUGGGUGCAGCUGUCCCAGAAGCCGGAGGGCAUCAACCUGCAGGAGCGCGUGGUGACCGUGAGCGGCGAACCUGAGCAGGUGCACAAGGCCGUGAGUGCCAUCGUGCAGAAGGUACAGGAAGACCCCCAGAGCAGCAGCUGCCUCAACAUCAGCUACGCCAACGUGGCUGGCCCCGUGGCCAACUCCAACCCCACCGGCUCGCCCUACGCCAGCCCAGCUGACGUGCUGCCCGCUGCUGCCGCCGCCUCGGCCGCCGCCGCCUCCGGCCUGCUGGGCCCCGCCGGGCUGGCGGGCGUGGGGGCCUUUCCCGCGGCCCUGCCGGCCUUCUCGGGCACCGACCUGCUGGCCAUCAGCACGGCGCUUAACACGCUGGCCAGCUACGGCUACAACACCAACUCCCUGGGCCUGGGCCUCAACUCGGCCGCAGCCUCUGGCGUUCUGGCCGCCGUGGCCGCCGGUGCCAACCCUGCUGCCGCCGCCGCGGCCAACCUGCUGGCCUCCUACGCGGGCGAGGCAGGGGCCGGGCCAGCCGGAGGGGCCGCCCCGCCGCCGCCCCCGCCACCCGGAGCCCUGGGAUCCUUUGCAUUGGCCGCGGCCGCCAACGGCUACCUCGGGGCCGGGGCGGGCGGCGGGGCGGGGGGAGGGGGUGGCCCGCUGGUGGCCGCUGCAGCCGCGGCAGGGGCGGCCGGGGGCUUCCUGACGGCAGAGAAGUUGGCAGCGGAGAGUGCCAAGGAGCUGGUGGAGAUUGCGGUGCCUGAGAACCUGGUGGGAGCCAUCCUGGGCAAGGGGGGCAAGACGUUGGUGGAGUACCAGGAGCUGACAGGCGCCCGCAUCCAGAUCUCCAAGAAGGGCGAGUUCCUGCCAGGCACGCGGAACCGGCGGGUCACCAUCACGGGCAGCCCCGCGGCCACGCAAGCCGCUCAAUACCUCAUCAGCCAGCGGGUCACCUACGAGCAGGGGGUGAGGGCCUCAAACCCCCAGAAAGUGGGAUGAGGCCCGUGGUGUGUGCGCCCCCUCUUCUCCCUUCUCCCACCUCCCCCUCCUCCCUCUCCUCCUCCCCAGCUCCUGACCUCAGCUUGGUGUGGUCCUGCUCCUCUGGGGAUGGGGCUGGGGUAGGCCUGACUGCACCCUCCCCUUGUGGUAGUCAUAGGCAGGAUUGAGCGAUGGUUGGGGACCGGGCUCAGAAGCCCCCUCCCCAGCCCUGAGCCGACCCCUCCCUCCUCCCUG